CUUCCAAUAGUCCCCCUCCCUCCCUCCUCUAUCCCAGUCUUCGUUCCUUUUAUCUGAGUGCUGUGGCCCCCACAUUGUCAAAGCGACUCAGGGCUGAGGAGCGUCACAUGUCUUGUGCCUUUUAAACUUGGUGUCCCUCCCCAGCCACCAUGCGUGCUGCUCCCUACGGUGUCCUCUUCUUCUUCUGUCUCAUCCUCCUUUCUGAGGCCAAACGACAAUCUGGUCAGGACAAACGGGACAAACCCCGCCAGCCUGAGCCAUCAACUCAACCAGGCAAGAGAGCCAGAAGCCGCUCGGUGCUCAGCUCCGGAGAGCUGAGCACCAAGCGGGGCCAUCGCUGCUCCUGGCAGACGUCUGGAGAAGGUCUGGUGAGUCUGCUGGUGAACUGCAGCACUGAGACUGACGGAGACCUGGAGAGGUACUGGUGUCGUUAUGCUGGUAAACCAGACCUGUGCCAGGCCUAUGGGAUGAAGUCCAGCCAGUACUGGAAGCAGCUGGUAGGAAAGCUGAAGAAAAGGGAGAAUGCCUGUGAAGGAGAAAAAGUCCUGAAGGCCAAAACAUGUAAGAAGGCCCCUGCAGAGGCACACAUGAAGCUGGCCCAACGCAACGGAGAGGAGGACAAAAAGGGAGGGAGGGAAGGAGGGAAGAAAAAAACAGCUUCUGGUGGGAAAAGCUCAGAUGGGGGGAAGGCAGAGAAGAGAAAGAAGGAGAGGGAUAAUGAGGAAGAGAAAAAGAAGAGAGAAGAGAGGACUGAAUCUGAGGAUGAAGGAAUGGUGAACGACAUGGCGCCGGUGCAGACGUACUGCAGCGAGGGAUGGCACUCUGUCUGCUCCUUCUUUGUCAAAUUUUUUGAGGGUUAAUAAAAAGUAGAGAUUGUAUUUUUCUCCGCAGGAUGAAAGCAUGAAUUCACAAUCUAAAAAACAAGCAGAACAGAAGACAUGUUUUUAUUAUGCAGCUCAUUCCCAGUGGUUUUAAACUGUCAAAAUGGAAGCCUCUUCAUCUUAAAACUGGUCAUUUCAUCUAUUAUUAACUUUUAGCUUUGCUUUGUAUCUAAGUUAAAGUAAGGGGGGUAUAUAUAAAAAUACACGGAAUUAUUCGGAUCUAACAGUUUAAAUGAAGUGAUUGAAUAAAAAUGUUCGCGAGAGUCAUUUCUAUUAGCCCCUCAGAUGUCAUGACAUCAAACUUUCAUAUUUGACAUUACGUUUUGUAAAAUGGUGGUAUUAGAUGUCACGAGGGGUUUCUGUGGUUGUUAUAGUGUGUUUAGUUUCGUAGAGGAACUUUUUAACCAAAUACAUUUGAUGUUUGCAUAGGAAGCAUUCAGUCAGCUGAAUGGUGUCAUUAUUCAUAGUUACAGUCAUUAGAUGAAAUCGUGGUGUUUUUUCAUUAUUUUCAUACUAAAACAUACUCUACAUCUUUUUGUAAAAGAAAUCUGCCAAAAGAUGUCAGCUGAUCAGUGGCAGUUUGACCAUUUCUGCAUUUUAAACUUUAUAAAGAAAUCUUAACAAUGUCUACAUCUGUUCAAUAAACAGCUGUAAUUACAA